AGCCCUGGGCUGAUGCCUCUGCUGCUGCCAAAGAUGAUCAACAAGUCUCGAGGGAAGCUGCUGGGGGUGCUGGCGCUGUUCCUGGUGAUGGUUUGGUACUCCAUCUACAGGGAGGACAGCUUCUAUUUCCCGGUGCCGGACAACAGGACCUCGUGUCCCCAGGGGGAGGUGGAGAAGAAGGCUGCACAGCUGAUUGGGAACUACUCCAGGUCCCAGCCUCUCUUCCUGCAGCUGAAGGACUACUUCUGGGUGAAGACUCCGUCGCUCUACGAGCUGCCCUACGGCACCAAGGGAAGUGAAGAUGUCCUCCUGCGCUUGCUGUCCAUCACCCACCACUCCCUGCCCGACACCAUCCAGAGCCUCAAGUGCCGGCGCUGUGCCGUGGUGGGCAACGGCCACCGGCUGCGGAACAGCUCCAUGGGGGACACCAUCGACAGCUACGACGUGGUCAUCAGGCUGAACAAUGCUCCUGUGCAUGGCUACGAGCAGGACGUGGGCUCCAAGACCUCCCUGCGCCUCUUCUACCCUGAGUCUGCUCACUUCGACCCCCGGGCAGAGAACAAUCCUGACACCCUGCUGGUGCUGGUGCCCUUCAAGCCCAUGGACUUCCAGUGGAUGGAGGCCAUCCUCAACGACAAGAAGAGGGUGCGGAAGGGCUUCUGGAAGCAGCCCCCCUUGAUCUGGGAUGCCAACCCGGAGCGGGUGCGGAUCCUCAACCCCUACUACAUGGAGGUCACUGCUGCCAAGCUGCUCAACCUGCCCAUGAGGCAGCCACGGAAGGUCAAGCAGAAGCCAACCACAGGGCUCUUGGCCAUCACCCUGGCUCUACACUUCUGUGACCUGGUGCACAUCGCAGGCUUUGGCUACCCUGACUCUGCCAACAAGAAGCAAACCAUCCACUACUAUGAGCAGAUCACCCUCAAGUCCAUGGCUGCAUCAGAGCACAACGUGUCCCACGAGGCUGUGGCCAUCAAGAAGAUGCUGGAGCUGGGCCUGGUGAAGAACCUCACCUACUUCUGAGGCACUGCGCAGGGACAGCGCCCCCCGCUGGAGGGGACGAGCACAGGCUGCCCUUCAGCACAGGGCUCCUUGUCACCAGGGGCUCCUUGUCACCACCACCCCCUCGCC